UUCAUCACUUCCAUAAACAUGGAGUCCCUUAACCGUUCUCUGUCAUUGCUUUUCAUUUUUGUUUGCUCAUUGUCAUGGGUGAGUGCUUCAGCUAAUAGCCAUGAUGAUUUUCUUGAAUGCCUUUAUUCAUAUCAUCCCAAGGAAUCCUCUUCCAUUACUCAAGUUAUCUACACUGAAACAAACUCUUCAUAUUCAGCAGUUUUGGAUUCUUCCAUUAGGAAUCACAGGUUCUCUACGCCUAAUACCCCCAAACCAUUGGUUAUUGUAACACCUUUGAACAUUUCCCAUGUUCAAGCAACGAUUCAUUGCUCCAAAAAGCAUGGCCUCCAAAUUAGAACUCGAAGUGGUGGUCAUGACUUCGAAGGUCUUUCCUAUGUCUCCCAUGUCCCAUUUGUUGUUAUCGAUUUGGUUAAUUUGCGAUCAGUCGAUGUUGAUGUCGAAAACGAAGAGGCGUGGGUUCAAUCAGGUGCGACCGUGGGUGAAGUAUUCUACAGAAUCAAUGAAAGAAGCACGAACCUUACCUUCGCAGCAGCUGUUGUCCGCACUGUAGGAAUUGGUGGGUUGAUUAGCGGUGGAGGCGAUGGUUUAUUGUUCCGAAAAUAUGGUCUCUCGGUGGAUAACGUGAUCGAUGCGCAGUUGGUCGAUGCUAAUGGAAGAGUUCUUGAUAGAAGAUCGAUGGGUGAAGAUCUGUUUUGGGCCAUUCGAGGUGGCGGAGGGGGAAGCUUUGGGAUCGUUAUUGCAUGGAAAAUAAAGCUGGUUCAUGUUCCUUCAACUGUGACUGUUUUCUCAGUGGGCAGGACCUUGGAACAAAAUGCAACACAGCUUCUUCAUCGUUGGCAAUACGUUGCGCCCAAUCUUCCGAAUGAUGUAUACUCACUCGUUGCGAUAUCAACGACGAACGCCAGUGAAAAUGGGGCAAAGACGGUUCUUGCCACCUUUACUUCAUUGUUCCAAGGUGAUGCCAAUGAGUUUAUUCCACUGAUGCAAGAACGAUUCCCUGAGCUUGGACUCGUUAAGGAAGAUUUUAUUGAGAUGACUUGGAUCGAAUCUCUAUUGUUAAUGAACGGAGUUUCAAAUGAAACAUCGGAGAUUUUGCUCGAUAGGAGCAACAGGUAUUCCCUUCUUCCUCCUUCAUUCAAAUCAAAAUCUGAUUACGUGAGGGAACCAAUGCCUGAAAUAGCAUUACAAGGGCUAUGGCCUCAACUUCUCGAGGUCGACGAAGGAGGCAUAGCAGUUCAAAACUUUAUUGCUUACGGUGGAAUAAUGGAGGAAAUCUCAGAGACAGAAACUCCAUUUCCACAUCGAAAAGGCACCUUAUACAAGAUAAACUACAAUAUCGGUUGGCUAGAGGAGGAAAACAAUAAUUCGCAAAGGUAUAUAAGCUGGAUGAGGAAACUUUAUAGCUACAUGGGUCCUUUUGUUUCGAAAUCUCCACGAGAAGCGUAUGUUAAUUACAGAGAUCUCGAUAUCGGAAGCAAUAAUUACUAUGGCAAGACAAGUUAUAAGCAAGCAAGCAUUUGGGGACGUAAAUAUUUCAAGAAUAAUUUUGAUAGGCUUGUUUAUGUCAAGACGAAGACUGAUCCAAAGAAUUUCUUCAAGCAUGAACAAAGCAUUCCUCCUCGUUUUCAUUGAUAGAAAAAAAAGAAGAUUAUAUUAUGAGUUAUAUUUUGUACCUAAUAAUUCUAAUAAUUCGUCAUCACUGUUGUUUAGGAUGACUAAUUCUUCAAAAUUCAAAUCUAGUUCAAUAUUAUGAUGUACAAUAAGUACUCUAUACAAUUUCAUUACUUAAUAAUA